CAUUUCGAUGUGAAGUGUUUCUCAUUGUCUCUGCUACACCGCAAUAACAAGUAUUCUCCUCCUCUCGCUCCGGCUCCACCAAUUAAUAAAUUAAGAAUAAAGAGAGAAGAGAAUACCAUAGCAGCAGGGACAAUGGGUUUCAACAAAAACCUUCUCCUAUUCGUGUCACUAUCUACCCUCCUCAUAUCCACCAACGCCAUGCCCCUAUUCUCCCUCAUCGCACCCUCUCCCUCUCCCUCUUCCUCCCCAUCACAACACAUCUUCGACAAAGCCCUAAAAGCCUCCCAAAAUAUCUUCCAGCCCGAGCUCAUAGAGUUUUGCCAAGGCACAGAAAACCCCACUCUCUGCGCCGACACCAUCGCCCCAUUGUUCCACGGAACCUUCGACCCCAUCAAGGCCCUCGAGACCGAAAUCCAAGCCACCCUCAACCAGACCCUCAAGGUGGCUUCCGUCAUCGCCAAUUCCCUCGUCAACCCCGCCACCGACAAAAACGCCCUCGACGCCCUCGACAUAUGCAAGUCGCAGUACGAGAGCAUCGUCGACACCACCAAGGAGUCCUUGGAGCUUUUGAGCCGACAGAACGUGGUCGAUGCUUACUACAAGUUCAACUCCGUUAUCUCCUACCAAUCCUCGUGCGAGGACGCCUUCGCUGAAUCUCCCGGCGUUGAAAAUCCCUUCGCUCACGACUCCUUGACCGUGUUUCAGCUCGGUGGCAAUUGCUUGGCCAUCAUGGAUGGCUUGGUUAAUGGCCGCAACCGCUUCUAGUUUUGUUGCUGCUACGUGGGAGGAGAAUUCACUGAAUCUGCAUCUGCAUGCAUGCAUGCGGUUUAACUGCUGCUUCUGUCAUCCUACAUUUCAGGUGGUUCUUGGGGUUUGGUCACGUGUUGUGAUCACAGUUUUGUCUAGUUUUGUUUUUAAUUAACGGGGGGAAUAACUGCGAGCUAGAGGUUUUGACGCUCUUCAGUUUUUUGUUGUGGGGGUGAAACUGAUGAUGGGAGUGCAGAGUUAAAUUAAAUUAUUACAUGUAUGUAUGUAGUAGGUAUGAUUGGAUCAGAAGCUGCUUUUCUGUGCCUUUUUUAUUUUACUUUUAAUGGCAGAAGGACACGUCUUUUAUUCA